ACCGCAACACUCUUUGAGUUAGUUGUUGUUGAACGAUAAGCAAGUUGCAUGUUCUGGAGGAGCUCAUAUCAUACGAUGGCACUACUAUGCAGUGCCAGGGUCAGAACGGUGUGGCGGUGGACUGAUGAUCUACUUGCCGUAACCUUAGGAGUCGCGACGAUGGCCCCGCACCUUCCGAUUUGAUUUUUUUUCUAUCCUCCGAACAACUCAGACAAGAGAGUUAACGCCACAAAUUCGAUAUCUUUUCAGCAUCUAAGCAUCAGAGUAAUAUUUGUGGCGAGCCGCAAGUCUCAGACACCCUUCUUCACCUCCGUUGCCAGGGCUAAAGGAUGGCGAGUAGGCCUCCGAAUCGGGUUUCGAAACCGAAAAAGGGCGGCGGCAAUUAUAAAAAAUCGAAGGGCGGUCCAGCGUACAAGGUCGCUUUCGAGUCAGGCGAUGCCGGAGUUUUCAUUACAUGCGAUAUGGGGCGAGAAGGGAAAUGUGCUGGAGAAAUUCUAGAUAUAUUCACGGAGUACUAUGAGAAGUCAUUGGGCAAGCAGAAUCUCAGUGGUGCAACCGGUCAGAAUAUUGAAAGUGAAGACGAUAACGAAGACGAUAGCGAUGCUGGUGAUGACAUUGAGGCUCAAAUCAGAAAGGAAGUUGAGGGCCUGAAACCCAAGGCAUCCAAGCCUCGAUUGUUUCAGAAAGUCACUGCGAACAUGCCUUGCAUGGUUUUCUACCGGGUCGAUAAAUCCAUAGAUCCGGUGAAGCUCGUCCACGACAUAUGCGAAGAAGCAAAAGCCAACCCGGAGGAGAGAAAAACUCGAUGGAUCAAGCGCAUGACUCCAAUCACUCAAAUCCGAAAAGUUUUGAGUGUGGAUUUGGCUGCAUUCGCCAAGGAGGUCUUAGAGCCUUACUUCCAUGGAGACGCUGGACCCAAGAAGUUUGCGAUUCGUCCUGCAGUUCGCAACAACAACAGCUUCAACAGGGACGACAUCAUUAAAACAGUUGCAGCAGCCGUCGGACCUGGACACAAAGUUGAUCUCAAGAAUCCUGACUACACGAUUUUAGUUGAGAUCGCUCAGGUAGGCAUAUCACUUCCGCGGGCCGCUUGUGCAUAAGACUUUUUUUUCUCACUGACAUGUUCGGUUUUAUAGAAUCUGAUUGGUAUGAGCGUCGUCGAAAGUGAUUAUGACAAGCUCAAACGGUUCAAUUUGAUGGAAAUAUAUAGUCCAACCCCAAAACCGCAACAAAACCCGGCAGCAUGAAUGAGAAUGAGGCAGAGCGCAACCAUUCCGUCAAGCUACGAGAACAAUAACCCUGUCCAUCGCAGCGUCAUCGUGCAUACUGCACAAGAGGGAAGGAAUUGGAUCUUCUCCGCGGGAAUCCUAGACAUCACCUAUUGGACUGACACUAACUAUGUGGUAGUGGUCAGUUGAAGAGAGCAGCAAACUCAAAACAUCGCCAAUAUGGUUCUGAAUAGCGAUAUGCUUGUACUGCCUUAUCUCAACGGUAACGAUAUUAUCAUCAACUACUGCACUGGUUACUAUAACCAUUGAGAGACGGAGAUGACUGUUUCUGAACCUGCUUCAAUUCUUGAACAUACUUCAAGCCAAUAUAAAUAGUUGAGUAGGAUCCUAUGGGAUACUUUAUGUCUG